AUGACCGGGUCAAUCAUCAAGCGUGAGGUCAGCCCUCAGGAUGCCAGCAACGCUUUUGAUACUCGAACCAGCAGGUCUGGUCGAGCUCUUAAGGCCCCUAUUAUGUACGAACCGGCCGUAACUGCCUCUCCAAAAGUCAAACGUGGCACCAAGAAAGAGACAAGCGUGAUUUGUAUCAAGUGUCACCGGGGUAGCUCCCCCAGCAACAACAUGAUUGUGUUUUGCGAUGGUUGCAAUGAUACCUGGCACCAAAAAUGCCACGAUCCACCAAUUAACGAUCAUGUCGUUCAAGUUUCAGACGCUGAGUGGCACUGCCACAAGUGCCGGCCUGUGCAACUCUCCCUGGUCCAGGAAAAGGCGCCAAUUCUCAAGAAGCGCAAGGGCUUCAUCCACCCACGUCUUCAACCGAAGGCGAAGGGUGAAAUUUCACGUGAGCCACUUUUUGUGGGCUCUCAAUACAGCAUGGAUGAGAAACGUGCAUACCUUGCUCACCUUGCACAUGCAGAACUCGUCGAGUUGGUACUCCGGGUGGCUAACACACACCCCACUUUCCCCAUAUUCCCUAUGGAGAUGGAGGACUAUUUCAGUCCAAGCUCUGUGCCUUCUUCUUUGAAAUACACCAACCGGCCUAAUCACUCUCACUACGCUCCUGUUGCUGACCGUGUUGUUCUGCCCAUUUCCGAUACUUCCGGGCCAAAGAGACACCAAGAAGCCGCGGGGGAAGAUGAAGUUCCCGCAAAGAGGGUGAAAACUACAUCCGCCCCGGAAAAUAAUGCUGCUGCGCAAACGAAGGAAAGUGCGCAUUCUCCCUCCCCUGGAGCUGAACCUGCAGCCGAACCUAACGCCAGUCGUGGUUUUUCUGAGCAUUUUGAAGCCCCCAUCCGCGAAACCCAGCAAGGAAACGGCCGAAUGUCGGUAUCUUCGACACAGUCCUCGACUUCAUCCGCCAUUUCAGAACUUCCCCAAGCAGGCCUUGCCGCAAUAAAAGAUCAUCGGGUGUAUCCACGAGCCGGCAAUGGCUUUACUAUGGCAUUGAAUACUGGGGAUCUUGAUAUUCUUCAGGAUGAAGCCGACUGCCCGACGUUCAGCCACAAGCUUCGUCCGUUUAUCAAGAAAGUCCAAUUCGAGACAAUAUCUACAGCAGUCCAAUGGGCCAUGGCUGAUGACGAGCCUGUCAUGCCCACCAACAAAUCAUCUACUUGA